AUGUAUAUCUGUGUGUUUCUUUAUUUCACUCCCGCUUCCGUCUCUUCCUCUCUUGAACUCAUUCACAAACUUCUCUACAAUCUUUAUCGUCAUUCACAGACAUACUUCACAUCAUCUCUUUUGCUGGCUCCUACAACUACUAUUUCCUCUCUCUCUAUCCCUACUUAUCUAUCUUUCUUCUCGCCCAGGGAUCUUUCCGAAAUGAUUACAACUCGCGACAGUGCGUCUUUGGUACUGGAUUGCCGUCCGUUUUUACACUUCAACGAAGGCCAUAUAAUGACCGCACAAAACAUCCAUUGUCCACCUAUCUUAAAACGACGUUCUGGGGGAUUUAUCUCAUUGGAAAAUAUUGUUCCUGACGAAUCACGGCGUCUCCAACUGACCAGUGGUCAAUACGAGUCGGUCAUUCUCUAUGAUCAAGAUACGAACGUUUUGGCUGAUGCUGCUAAGGACUCCAAUCUCUAUUUAGUCUUUAAGAGUUUAAAUCAACAAAUCGAAAAUGUGGCAGUAUUUUAUCUAAGUGGUGGUUACACGUCCUUCAAACACAUAUUUCCUCGAUUGUGCAUAUCAGAAAGAAUUCUUUUGGACAGCUACCUUGACAAACCAUCAGGCACGAAUUACUUGGUCCAUCCUGUUGAAAUUUUAUCUCAUGUCUUUCUCGGUGACCAUUGCCAUGCUAGCAACAUGGAACUUCUUAAAAAGCUGGGAAUGACAGCCGUGAUAAAUGUCUCUCGAUCAUGCAAUAACUACUUUCCGGAUGAGUUCCGAUAUUUGACCAUUCCUGUUGAAGACUCUCAGUAUGCCGAUCUCUCUUCCUGGUUCCAGAAAGCCAUCACAUUUAUUGAUCAAGAAAAACAUCUUGGUGGUCGUGUGUUGGUCCACUGCCAUGCUGGUGUGAGCCGGUCAGCAACUGUCUGCCUUGCUUACUUGAUGCAGUGUGAUGGCCUGGCAUUGGACAGUGCCUUUGAAUAUGUCCAGAGCAGACGUAGUGUCAUUUCUCCAAACCUUAACUUCAUGAGACAAUUACAAGACUUUGAAAAGGAACUCUCUGAAACUACCCCACUAAAAAGUUCCUAUCUUAAAUCCCCUUGCAGACCAGAAACUCAAUUCACGAACUUUUGUUUUCCUGAGUUUAGGACAUCCUCACUCCCUUGUAAUCACAACAGUCCUCUUGCAUCACCAACUUAA